AUGCCGAUGUUGCCGGCUCUCACUCUCUCCUUUCUUUUCCUCCUCUGUCUCUCCACCACAAUAAAUGCCCAUAACAUCACCCAUAUCCUCGACAAAAACCCAGAAUUUUCAACCUUCAACCACUACCUCACUCUCACUCACCUAGCGGGAGAGAUCAACCGUCGUCAGACCAUCACGGUCUGCGCGGUUGACAAUGCCGCAAUGUCCGCUUUGGUUGCCAAAGGCCUGUCACUUGUAACUAUAAAAAAUGUACUUUCUCUUCAUGUCUUUGCUGACUAUUUUGGAUCAAAAAAGCUUCAUCAAGUCACUAAAGGGUCAACCUCCACUGCCACCAUGUAUCAAGCCACUGGUGAAGCCCCUGGCACCACUGGUUAUGUUCAUAUUACUGAUGUUAAAGGUGGUAAAGUUCAAUUCACUCCAGAAGACAAUCCAUCCCAAACCGACGUCGUUUUUGUCAAAUCCAUCUUAGAAAUGCCAUACAACAUCUCUGUAAUCCAAAUAAGUUCAAUUCUAAACUCGCCAGAAGCCGAAGCACCAACUUCAGCACCAGACCUAAACUUAACAUCAUUACUACAAAGAGACGGAUGCAAAUCGUUUUACGAUUUAUUAUCAACAUCUGGAGCCAUAGGUACAUUUUUAAGUACAGUUGACGGGGGAGUAACUGUGUUUUGUCCAAGUGAUGAUGCCAUUACUGCCUUUGCACCAAAAUAUAAAAACUUAACGGCAGACCAAAAAACGUCUCUGUUAUUAUACCAUGGUGUUCCGGUUUAUAAUUCAAUGGGGAUGCUGAGAUCAAGUAAUGGGUUGAUGAACACGUUGGCUACGGAAGGCAAAAAUAAGUACGAUUUCACCGUGCAAAAUGAUGGUAAUGAUGUGAAGUUGAAGACUAAAGUGGUGACUGCAACAAUUACAGGUACAGUUGUUGAUGAUGAACCUGUUGCGGUUUAUAAGAUUGAUAAGGUUUUGAUGCCACGUGAGUUGUUUAAGGGUGCAGUGGUGGAGGCGGAUGAGCCAGCGCCAACACCUAAGGCCGCAAAAAUGAAAAAGAAGGCGACGAAGAAGGGGGAUAGCGUGGAAGCGGAAGCACCUGGGCCGGACUCUUUGGAUGACUAUCAUGAUGAUGAUGCAGCGGAUCAAAAGGCUAAUUCUGGUGAGAGGGUGGUGGCAUCAAUGGUUUUAGCUUUGGUUCUCGCUGUCACAUUCAUUUUGUAAAUAACUUUUUUUCCUCUUAUUCAUUCGUAAUGUUAUUCAUUCACAUAAUCAGAGAGAGCUCCAUCUUUAA